GAGCCCGCGGGCAGCAGGAGCAGGAGGAGGAGGAGGAAGAGGAGGAGGAGAAGAGGAGGAGGAGGAUGAGCACCGGGGUGCUGAGCCCUGGGGGGCACAAAGCCUCCAGCAGCCCCCAGCAGACCUCAUCCAGACCUCGGACGUCCUUCCUCAUCCAGGACAUCCUAUGGGAUGGGGUGGAGAGGGGAACACGGAUGGAGCAAGGUGGAAUACCAGAGGAUGGGGAGCAGCAGGACGGCCCUGGAGUAUCCCCAGCACAGCCCCACGAUGCAAAUCCAGAUGCUGAGACCCCCCCAUGCGGCCAUGACCCCCCCCAGAAGGUGCUGCCCAGACCCCCCCGGCCAGCAAAGCGCUCGCGGGCAGCCUUCACCCACAGCCAAGUGUUGGAGUUGGAGAGGAACUUCAGCCGCCAGAAGUACCUAUCAGCCCCCGAGCGUGCCCACCUGGCCCAGAACCUGCAGCUGAGCGAGACACAGGUGAAGAUCUGGUUCCAGAACCGCCGCUACAAGACCAAAAGGAGAGCAGGGAGCUCUGGGCUGGAGGUCGGAACCGCUCACAAAACAUCCAUUCUGCCCCCAGUCCCACUGCUGGCCCUGCAUGGGGCUGCUCGCUGUCUGCCCUGCCUCUGUUACUGGAGCCCUGCUGCGUGGUGAGCUCCGUGCGUGGUGUGUUUUCCCCUCGCAUGGUGUUCCCCCCCCCCACCCCCAACCCAUGCCAUACAAUUCAGAGAUGCGCCAUCAGGUUCAAGUGAUGCUCCGUGUCCCCUAGUGCAGUGCCAGCCUCUGUCAUCGCGAGGGUUUUAGCCAAAGAAUCAGAAAUGAGCAACAAUUAAAAACCCAAAUGAUUAUUAUUACUAUUACUAUUGCUAUUAUUAUUAUUACUAUUAUUAAUAAUAAACACCCAAAGCUUUCACAAGGCUCGAUCUGCAGCAAAGAACCCCAAGCGAUGCUCAGCACCCUCUCACUGCAUCGCCAUCCUUUCUCACUGCCAGGUUUAAGCCAGAGAGACAAAAAGCCCUAUAAACUAAACGUCCCCAAAGCUUUUAACAGCACCUGCAGUGAUCCAACAUGGCACGAUUUUGGGGGCAGGAAGCAAGAAAUGGUGUGUGCCUGUAAAAAACAAUUCCCCAUCCAUCCCUCUGUAAGCACUGCAUAUCCCCCCCAAUCCUUUGCCCCCCACCACCAAUUGGGUGAGGCACAACAGCUCGCCCCAUGCACCAACUGUUCCACUAUGUGAAUUUUAGUUGUUAUUAAAAAAUAUAUACAUAUAGCAAAAAAAUCUGCAUUUCCACCUCCCAUCCAUCAAUUGCAUAUUUUCUCCAAGGUUUCCACGUGUGUUGGGUUCAGGGGGCAUUCAGCCCUACCUUGCUGCGAGCAGCAAAGCCCCUCAGGUUCCCAAUGGGCACAGAGCUGCUGCUGGGGCUGCCCAAUGCCAUUGGUGCCAUUGCAGAGUGGGAAUCUGUGCCAACAGGCGCCGGGAAUGGGGACAAUAGCGCAGUGACAGACGGGUUUUGCAUAUCCGGGUGCUGGAAUGCUCACAUGCAAUCUGGUUAAAAUAGCAACAGCUCAAAGAGUUCAACUUCUACAAACCUGCCAGGGCCAAGGCUGCAGGGUGGCGAUUCUGCUUGCAAAGCUCGUGCACGGACGUAGCAAAUACGGAGCUAUGGGGUAGGAGGAUGGGGCAGGGAAUGUGCAAAGCAAACCUUUGCGGUGGAUACUCAGUUGCCAACGCCGUAAAAGCUGUUGGCUCUGUUUGGAGGACAGCGGUCUGAACUAUCCCAAAGUCACUCCCAUCUGCAGAUAACACUUUCUCCCAGCUCCUGCUCUCGGGCUGUGUUGCAAUGUGACUCCUGCACAGCCCUGCUCUUAUCCACUUUGCUUGGAACAAGGGAGUCCUUGUGCUCCUCGAGGGGAGGACAUCCUGCCUAAUCCACCCUGGGAUGCUGCUGAAUGCUGGGACACGAUGCUUGCACCCAUAGAAAGAAUGGGAUGGGGUUGACACAGCAAAAAAAAAUCUACUAUUGUGUUGGGAGGGACCAAAUUAACCCCAUUUGUCAUAGAUGGGAAAAUUAGAUUUCAACUCAACUUCUUGAAUGGUUCUUUGGGAAAAACUUUGUCCUUUUUGUGCCAUAGCUUUUUUUUUCCACUCAUGGUUUCAGCCCCUUAAAACAUCCCUUUGUUGCUUAAACACCCAAAUGCUCCAUACUUAACUUUGCCGAUAUAAAGCCCAGUGCAAAUCAUUGCUAUUUUCUGUACAUAUUUUUUUGAUACUGUUUUAUCCAAUGUGUGUUGUCCUCUGGAAUAAAGAGCUCAGAACCUUUGUUAAGAACAA